AUGGCAGCUAAUAUCGCAGCUGAGCUAACACAGCACCUAAAUGCGCGACAUCUCUAUCCUACCGCAGCAUGGCUGCAAGGCUUCCUCUCCACAACCCGACCGAACACGCCAUUGCCCGCCAUCAAGCAGACCGCCCACUUCCGCCUACUAGCCACCGACAUUACCACGUCGCUCAGUCAACCUGCAGCCUCCUUGUUUCCCAAUGAUGUACUAAAAGGCACCAUCCAAUCCCGCAUCGUCUCUGGCCCGAUUGUCUGUCAAGUGCUUGACGUCGAAGACAUUGGCCACUCGCGUUGGUCCCAGGUCGAAUCCAUCGAAGCGCAAGAGCGGGGCGAGAUGACAAAAGGGAGAGAGAUUGUGCGCGUUGUAGAACAAGAGAACGAGGGGACUGCUGAGGCUGCAGCACCCAUGCAGAGCAAAGGUCCUUUCAAGCUGCUACUGCAGGAUGCUAAAGGACUCAAGAUCUAUGCCAUGGAUCUGCGAGGAAUCGAUGGGCUCAACACCAACAUGGCCAUGGGUGCCAAACUUGUACUGCGUAAUAUCGAUGUAAGAAGAGGCGUCGUUAUGCUUGAGCCGAGCAAUGUUCAGAUGCUAGGCGGAAAAUUGGAGGCACUUGACAAGGCUUGGAAAGAGGGGAGGAAAGAAAGGCUUAUGGCAGCGGCUAAGGUGACAGGAUAG